AUGAAGGCGCUGGUGGUGACGGUGCUUCUCCUGCUCUCCUCCACCCUGGCCGCGUCACAAUGGUGCGUGUGCAGGCAGGACGCGACGCAGGCCGCGCUGCAGAAGACCAUCGACUACGCCUGCGGCUCCGGGGCGGACUGCAACUCCAUCCAUGAGAACGGGGCGUGCUACAACCCCAACACCGUCCCGGCGCACUGCUCCUGGGCGGCCAACAGCUACUACCAGAACAACAAGGCCAAGGGCGCCACCUGCGACUUCACCGGCACCGCCACCCUCACCACCAGCGACCCAAGUUCUUCUGGCUGCUCUUACCCUACCAGUGGAAGCGCUGUUGGAACGAUGACCCCAACCACUGGAGGCACAGUGGGAGGAACCUCAGGGACCUUCACGCCCGGUGUAGGCACAGGCACAACCGGCACAGGCAUGGGGACAGGCACUACGACCGGAACUACGGGUACUGGGUUCGGCGGCCUAGGACCAGGCACAAACGCUGGCAUGGACACAGCGGCAGCAGCGGGCUUGCUCCUCCCAAGGGCCGGCCUGGCCACUGCCCUCGUUGCGCUCCUCUCCGCCAUGGUGCUCGCAUGA